AAUGAUGAUUACCUCGAAUCAUUUUGUUUUCUUAUAAAAGUCCUGGCCUGAACCAGUCGCCGGUAUUUCGUGCAAAGCAAAAGACCAUUGAUUGAGCAGGAUCUGUGUCACGAUGCCAAGCCUCAAAGACCUUGGGGCCCUGAGGGGAAACUUCACGCCAAAAUUGCUUCUAAUCUACCUGGUUCUGAAUCUUUCUGUAUUCAGCUUCGGUUUCGAUGACACUGUUUACUCAACCAUUCAGGCCAUGCCUCCAUAUGCAAAGAUGUUUGGGAGAUAUGACAAGGAAACCCAACAAUGGGGCUUUACCGCCAGACAACUGUCAUUUCUCAACUCGCUAGGGCAUCCGGCCAAGGUUAUCGGUACUCUUCUGGGCUACUUCGUUGGCGAGAAUCUCGGCCGCAAGCCAUGCUUUAUCGGUAUGCAAUUUAUUGUCGUAGCAGGUGUUGCAGUGACAUACUCUGCCACUACAUUUGGCCAAGCCCUUGCUGGACGCAUCAUUGUGCAGUUGUACGCAGGCGUCGAGAACUGGUUGAUUCCUAUGCUCUUGGCUGAGUUGUCUCCAGCACCUAUCCGCGGCGCCUCGGUUAUUCUUUACGUAAUUAGUCACACUCUCGGGUCUCUGAUCUGCUCUUUCAUCACUCUCGGAACAUCCAAGCUUCACGAUAAUCGCUCAUGGCAGAUUCCGGUUGGCGUUAUGUGGCUCUUUCCUGGUCUCUGCUUGACAUUGUCCUUUUUCAUCCCAGAGAGCCCUCGCUGGCUGGUCCGGCAGAAUCGCAACAAGGAAGCGACCAAAAGCCUGUUGCAUAUCCACGGCUCAGUAAAAGGAUUCGAUGCAGAUGAGGAAACUGCAAGAUUAGCAGCUUCAAUUGAGGCCGAUAGUGUCACCACUGGAUCGUGGUUUGACCUAUUCAAGGGAACCAACCUGCGAAGAACUGGCAUCGCCCUUGCCAUUUCUGUCUUUAGUCAAUUCACGGGUGGUGCCUUUGUCACACAGUAUGGGACACUUUUUGUCAUGAGCUUGGGAACAUUCAACCCGUUCUCCUGGACAGUCCUUCUGAGAGUUGCUAUGAUGAUUGGUCCAAUUGUGGCAUUUGCUACAAUUGACGCAUUUGGUCGUAGGCCGGUCUAUCUUGCCGGUUCUUCGAUAGCAUCCGCCUUGAUGUUUGCCAUUGGUGGCUUGGGAAUAGGUCACAUAACCACAUCGAAAAAGAAGGGCAUCAUUGCGGCAACUGUUCUCUGGGGGCCGUGUUAUUCUGGUGCCUUUGGAGCCUUGGGUGCAGUGAUCGCUGCCGAGGUGCCACACUUGAGGCUGCGCGACAAAAGCAACACUUUGUCAACAACCACGCGUAUUGUCUUUGACUUCAUCGUCGCCUUCAGUUUGCCGUACCUCAUGAAUGCUCCGUAUGCAAAUCUACAAUCAAAGAUCGGCCUGAUCUUUGGCUCUAUAGCAUCCAUCGCUGCGAUAUGGGCUUAUUUAUUUAUGCCUGAGCUGCAUCAAAGAUCCCUGGAGGUAGCGGAGGUAAUGUGGGAUGCCCGAGUACCGGCACGGAAGAUGAAAGAUUGGAAGGCAGACGCUGUAGCAUCUAAUGAAACCGAUCUGACUGAUAAAUCGGGUGUAUCAUUACAAAUCGGGGGUCAUCAGAACAAGAACAUGACUGUGGAGAGAAUGGCACAAGUCUAAGAGUUAGCUUCCAACGAUUUGUAGCUAAAAGGCUUCCCCGCGUAUCUGAACAACGCGGUAUAUCGUGCAGUGUGCC